AUGCUUGACAGCAAGCUCAAUUUUGGAGAGCAUAUAAUUAGGGCAGUCGAUAAGGUGGCAAAAGUAGUAGCCUCGCUUGGCACACUCAUCGUCAACAUCAACGGUCCCCGACCGUGCAUGAGGCGACUACUGAUGCGCACCGCCGAAGCAGUGAUGCUGUACGACGCGGAAGUCUGGACCGAGGUCCUGCGACACGAGAAAUAUCGCAAGUGCAUUGCCGCGGUACAGAGGAGGGGCGCUCUCCGAAUCGCAUGCUCCUACCGCACAGUCACUGAGUCCGCGGUGCUAGUGGUCACGGGAGUAAUCCCGAUUGAUCUACUAGCUAGAGACAAUUCGUCAACCAGCAGAAGCCCGUUCUGGCAAAGGAGGAGGCAUCAAAGCUCGCCAGGUCUAGCAGCAUCGAGGCCCGGCAAAGCAGAUGAGAACAGGAGCCUAAGGGCAGAUGGACUGCCCGACUCAUCAGUCGGCUAG